UGCUCUGAGCCAUGCUGUUGUAACCCAUUGCCCUUUCCUCUUUUGGGAUUCCUGAUUGACCAUUGUCCACAGUUCUUCCCUUUUGUCUCUCACUUGCCUUGUUUCUUUUUCUUUUUAUCUCUGCCUGACUUUUUACUGGCACUUAGAAUGGGCACAUAUGCAAGUUUAUAUCCAUUUACUCUGGACUGCAGCUUCAUGCUGGCAGGCAACAAGGUCCUCUUCAGAAAAUCCCUUUCUAGCACAAUAAACACAUAAUUGUUUGUCACCCAUUUUGUGACAGGCUGUCCAGACAUCUACCCUUCAUUUGUGUACUUGAAGCGGGACUGUAGCAUUUGCCCCUACAUUGGGUGUGUGCUUUAUAUUGCACAUGGAGAAAUACCAUUCUCCCUCAUCCCCAGCACAAUCUGUUGCAAUCUAUUGCGUUGUGGCAUAGAAUGUGAUGGCAGGCAGGAGGGUUGGAGGCUCCUAUUGCCUGUGAUGUAAAUAGCAGUACAAUUUCCACUGUUGCUAUGCCUGUACCAUUUUGCCACCUUUUAAGAAAAUUAUUAUUAUUAUUAUCAUUGGGAAUCAAACUCAUUAGAGGGUCAAACUACCCACCCAGCAGAUAAUGAGAGUCCGCACCCUUAAUUUUUCACUAAAGAAUAUCAGUUCUACUCAGUCUGAUGUCAUUGGUUUCACAUCAGUUGGAUGCUAAAAUUCCAGGUCAAAAGUAUGAGGGAAAGACGUCGUUUGGGAUGUCAGUCUUUAACCUGAGCAACGCCAUCAUGGGCAGCGGCAUCUUAGGUCUGGCCUACGCCAUGAGGAACACAGGAAUCAUCCUCUUUGUGGUGCUUUUGAUCAGCAUUGCUUUGCUCUCUGCCUAUUCCAUUCAUCUGCUGCUGAAAUGUGCUGGGGUCGUGGGAAUUAGAGCUUAUGAACAGCUGGGACUCAGGGCAUUUGGCCACGGGGGCAAAGUGGUUGCUGGUGUGGUUAUCUCAAUACACAACAUAGGAGCAAUGUCCAGUUACUUGUUCAUCGUUAAAUCUGAACUGCCACUUGUGAUCCAAACCUUCUUAGGACUGUCAGGGAGCAACGGCGAGUGGUACAUGAACGGGAAUGUUUUAAUCAUCAUUGUAACCGUGUGUGUCAUCCUGCCCCUGGCUAUGAUGAAACAUUUGGGUUAUCUUGGUUAUACCAGUGGACUCUCACUUACCUGUAUGUUUUUCUUCCUCAUCUCGGUGAUCUACAAGAAAUUUGAGAUUCUCUGCCCCCUCAAUGAGACACACUCUGAAAAGCCCACCAUCUACUAUAAUGGGCACAACGUCACAGAUGAAGUCUGUGCUGCCGAAUUCUUCACUGUCAACUCCCAGACAGCAUAUGCCAUCCCCAUCUUGGCCUUUGCCUUUGUCUGCCAUCCGGAGGUCCUUCCCAUUUACACUGAGCUACGUAGGGCCUCAAAGCGUCAGAUGCAGAAUGUAGCCAAUGUCUCUAUCCUUGCCAUGUUUUCUAUGUACCUGCUGACCGCCAUCUUUGGCUACCUCACCUUCUACGGGAGUGUUGAAGCAGAGAUGUUGCACACUUACAUCAGAGUUGAUGCCGCAGACAAGCUUGUCCUCUGUGUACGGUUGGCUGUGCUGGUGGCUGUGACACUCACGGUGCCGGUGGUUCUGUUCCCGAUCCGCAGGGCCAUCCACCAGUUGCUGUUUCACAAGAAGGAUUUCAGUUGGCUUCGUCAUGUCAUCAUUGCCUCCUGCCUCCUCAUCAUUGUCAACCUCCUUGUCAUCUUUGUGCCAAACAUCAAGGACAUUUUUGGAGUCAUUGGAGCCACAUCGGCCCCCAGCCUCAUCUUCAUCCUCCCAAGCAUCUUCUAUAUCCGCAUUAUCCCCAAUGAGAAAGAGCCACUGCUAUCCAGAUCCAAAAUACAGGCUGCCUGUUUUGCUACCCUUGGCUUCGUUUUCAUGGUGAUGAGCCUCAGUUUCAUCAUUGUUGACUGGGUAACGACAGGAAAGAGCAACGGAGUGGGACAUUAACCCCCCUCCUUCCCCCAAAAGACACAGUGGUUCUAACCAGGGAGGACCAUUUACUGACAGAGAAACGGCAUCACCAUCUCCUGUUUAUCCUCAUUCAUCCUGGAAAAGAUACCACAGUUCUCUCGUCCAUCACUAUGGGGAAGAAUCAGAUGGCACCUGUUCUUGUCAUGGUAAAGUCACCUGGAAUGGCACCAGGGCUUCUCUUUGGUCCUUCUGGGCUCUGGGGCCAAGAAACAGAUGAUCGGAAAGAGGCUAGCCGUUUCCUUGGAGAUAGCGAAAGCUCUCCUCAUUGGUCGGUUUUGGUGCAAUGGCAACCCAAGUGACCGUUACAUGAUUCCAGCUCCUAUGGUAGCAGCACAGUGCCCUUGGCCUCCUUUCCUCCUUGGCAACAUGAGACCAUUGCUAACUAUUGCAUGUCACAGCAAACCUGUGGGGGGUUGUGGGGGGGGAGUUGGUCCUGCAUAACAGCAUUGCCUUUCAAAAUUUUAUUGCUGUUGUUGCCAUUAUGGAAGGAAUCUGUGGUGGUCCCUCUUUUUGCAUUGUAGCAAUGGCGCCUGGCCGUUUCAGUGGCAGAGUUUUCUAUCUCCUGUAUUUUCUUGUUAAGCCUGGAAAUGGGACUCUGCUCUUUCUGUUACCAUGGAGGGAGAGCCCUCAUCUCCAUCCAAUAUCUGUUCCUGUGCCUGGUACCAGUUAUAAAGGGGCAGUGAUACCAACCAUGCCCUAGGGGUUAUAGUCCCCAGUUGGGGGUGGCCAAAAGCCAACAUUGCCCCCUAGUGGUCAAUCUAAUUUAUUUGCUAGUAUUUAAUGUGGACCUCGCUACCAGACCAAAGACUACAACAUGGCCAUCCUGGUACCAACAUAGUUCAUGUCAGGCUUCCUGGUUUCUCUGACAGGGUCAAGAUCUGGGGUGUUGAAACAAGGGUGGGUGUACAGACUAGCAGCCUGGACUCCUGGGCACCCUCUUCUUGGGUGGACGUGGGGUCGUGGAUAGUGGUCUCAUAGGUUACAGCAGGAGUUUUGGAAACAAGGUUUCAAAGAUAGUGGGAGGGAAAUGUCUCAGUAGAAGGCUCUUGUCUCAUUGCUUGGUAGAAGUUGGUUGUCCUUUCCUGUUGCAGAGUGAUGCUAGAUUUCUCUUGAGGCCAUCCAGAAAAAAAUAAUUCUACUUACACUACAAUGCCACCUGUUGAUUCCCUUUGGCAGACUCCCUGGGCCAAACUGAAUGACUAGCCAGAUGUUAUAUCUGAAUUGGGACUUCUGUCAUUUGCCCUCUUGAGAGCUCUUAAGGUGGAUUGGAGGCAGCUUUUCCUGGCCCAGUGUAUUAAAAUAGCUUCAGGUGACACUGAUGUCCAGCAAGCAUUAAACAGUUUGACUGAAGGGCAGGGCAAGCAAACCAGGGAUAAAUGUUUACACUACCAGUGCUUCCAUUCUAGGUAUUUAGUGUGGAAUAGCCAUUCUUUGUUCACUCACUUUUCACAAGGAAUAUACAUGAUGGCUUCAUCAAAUUAUCCUCCUGUGGUUUUACCCAUGCACCUUCUGUCUUCUCUCAGACUGCAGAAAAUCUUACUUUUGUUGUUGUUGAGAGAAUAGAACCGUAGGGCAGUCUUCACAGUUGUGGAUAACCUUACCACAAUUCUUCCAUCUGCUUUAGAGGUGUGGUUUUGAUGUGGGCAGUGAAAUAUCAGGCUGGUGAGUUCAUUACCACUCAUCUAUACCUGUGCACACCUUCACUAUUACCUUUCCAGUCUGUGACAUAUUUGUCAAUCUUUUAAUUUGUGCUUUUUGCCUAUAUAGUUUAAAAAAUUAUUAAAAUAUUAGCGCAAUAGCACUUAAAUGAAAAAGUACUUAGCAUUGUUGGUUAUUUUUUUAAAAAAAGCCAAGCUCCACCAUUCUGGUCUUCGCAGUCAGUGUCAUUUAAUUUCAAUGUUUUGGGGGUUUUAUUUAAUUUUUUGUUCCACUUUUUAACAUUGACGUAAUCAAGUAAUAGCACUGGAUGGUAUUCAUUGCUAGUCCUACUCUGAGUAGACCCAGUGAAGUUAAUAGACAUGAUAGGUGCUUUUUUAGUAAAAAAAAAAAAAAAGAGGUUCCAGUACUCAUACUAUGAUAAAAAUGUUGUGGGUGCCAGCACAAAAUAGUUACCAUGGACAACAAAAAAAGGGGUGCCAGUACUCUGUACCAGUGAGUUCCAUCACACACACACACACACACACACACAAGCAAACAAAAAAAUAGACAUGAUUUAGGUUUAUUAAUUUCAGUGGAUCUACUCUGAGUAGGACUUAGUUGUAUACAACCCACUGAAUUUUUAAAAGCACUUUAGAGCAAACUUUAAAACCAUUGAACUGGGUAGGGAGGUCGGAAUGGCUAAAAUAUGGUGUUCUCAGCUGAAUUGUCAUUUCCUUGCCCGCAUGGCUAUGUUAGGUCCAUUAGUAUAAACAGAACAUAGGAGGAUGUGCACUAAAAUACACAAGCUACCCCCCACCCCAAGUGCAGAAAGUCCAUUGAAGUUCUGCAUAUAGCUGACAGCAGAAGAGCAAUGACUGGCUAGCAUUAGAAGAUGUCAGGCAGGAAGUACCCUGUGCUUCAAAGAGGUACUGGGAUGAACUUCCUGCACCACUUUCCACUCCAUACCAUUUCUUCCUUUUUCUGCACCACUUCCCUCACCUCCCAUGUAAUUUCUCCAUUUUCUCUUUGAGCCCUGUUGCAAAAUGACAGCAAAGGUCUCAUUUGUGGCCUACUGUAGCCCUCAGAGUCUUUAGCUUUUGGGUCAGAGCAGGCCCUACAGUUAGACAGGGUAGCAGGGCCUUCCUCAUACUGUUUUAAAGGAGGCAAUUGUCAAUUAGAGCAUUUAUUACUACAUUUUUGCCUGAGAGAAGGGGACUGUGUCUUUUGGAUUUUCUGCCUCCAACACCAAAAUGUCGUGGACCUCUUUUGUGCAUUGGGUGUUUAGUAACAAGAUGAAAUGAAGCAGGGAACUAGGUUCUACUCUCGUCUGUUGAGGAGGUCCCUUUGCCAGUCUGGCAAAGAACUGUACCUGAGGGAUUUUCCAGGACUAGACAUUUCUCCACUAUACUGCCGUUCUUUCUCUAGUUAUUUUGUCUUUUUCUCCUCAUCCCUCCAGCCCUUUCUUACAAAGGUGUCAGAAAUCACGCUUGACCUCACUAUUGGGAGCCAGGAUGUUCCCAUUACUAUCAUAACAACACCUACAUUACUCAGAUAUUAAUGUGUCAUUUAGAGGAGUCUUGUUACUAUUGAAAUAGCACCAGCCAUGCCUUGCUAUUGCUUGUGGGUGACUACUUAGAAUCAUGGAAUUGGAAGGUACCUCAAAUAUCAUCUAGUCCAACCCUUUACAGAUGCAGGAAAUUCACUGCUGUGGCAUCCCUGACAGGUGUCGCUCCUGCAUCUCCUUUAAAAACUCUUAACAAAGGAGAGUCUGCUAUCUUCCAAGGCUGUCGAACAGCUUGUACAGUCAGGACAUUCUUCCUAAUGUUUAGUCACAAUCCUCUUUCUUGUACUUGAACUCAUGGUUUGAAUCCUACUCUCUGGAUUAACAGGGAAAAAAUUGUUCCAUCAUCUGUGUGAUCCAAGCCCUCCCAAGUUUUUGAAAUGGCUAUCAUGUCACAUCCUAUGUACCACGUAGAUGGGGGUCACCAUAUCACAGGGAUGGGGGGGAGCUGUGGUCCUCCACAUGUUGUUGGAUUAUAACUCCCAUCUUCCUCAAUGAUUGGCCAUACUGUCUUAGGCAGAUGGAGUUGGGGACAGACUCCCCAUCCCUGCCAUACCACCACAUACUCCCUGGCUUGAUUUGAGAACAGUACAUGAUGAAAAAUCUCCUUCGGCCACCUUUUCUCAGUCACUGAUAAUCAGUCAUCAGUAACGCAUAUAUUAUUUCUGUUUUAAACUCGUUGAACUUUAUCUGCUUUUUUAAACCUGCCUUCAUUAGCUUAAAGAGCUCUUAGGAGCUCAAUAUUGUUAACUGGAUAGAAGCUGAAAUCCUUGGUGGCUUAGAUGAAUGCUCUUGGUUCAUUUCCAUUAUGGUUGUGCAUAGGUCAUUGGUUCCAUUGUCAAAGUGCUCCUGCUCUCCAAAUUUUUAUCCUGUUUAGUCAAAAUCUACCCUCCUGUAGCUUAAGCCCAUUAGAUCUAGUCCUGCUCUCUGGGACAUCCGAGAAAAAGUCUUUGUCCUAACUAUGUCCUAUGUCAGCAUAGCAUAUAUGCCAAAGUUAUUAUUUAGUAUUUGCAUGGCACCAUCAAUGUACAUGAAUUAACUGGGGGGGGAGGGGAGUCCCCUGCCACAAAUGCAAGAUUUAGAUUUAAGCUGAAGAUGACUUACCUAUCAACAUGAGGGUUCGUAUGCCUUGCAGAAGAAAGGAUAUUAACAGGUGCUUCUUUCAUGCUCAGGUGCUAUAGGAGCAUCCCUCUUCUACACAACUGUUUAGAGGUAUGAGAACCUCACUGCUGAAGGGCUGUUCACUCCCAGGUUAACAGUGCAAUCCUGUGCAUAUCCACUCAGAAGUAAGUCCCGUUUAGUUCAAAGGGACUUACUACUAAGUAAAUGUGCAUAAGACUGUAGCAUAAAUUACUUAUCAGAUCCUUCAGAGCCCACAACUCUGUGAUCCCCUGUAAAGAGUACCUGGGGAUAGAACUUCUAAAGAACUCUAGAUCUACCCAUACAAUUGUUAAGAACUGCUCAAGGAGAAAUCUCAACUGGGUAUUUCUCUUAGUCUCCCAUUUCAUCUCCUCCCUGAUACUGUAUAUUCUGAUUUGGGACAGCCUUUGGCAAAUGGGUGUUCUGACUAAAAGUUCUGUCCUGGUCAUACCUUCUAAUUUGUGUUGGAGUUUCCUAUGUGCACAGUUUGCUUCUGCUACCUAAUUUGUAUAACAUUACUACAAGAUAACCUUGAGCUUUGAAAUUCUGAAAACAUACAGCAUUUGGGAGCUACAAAAAUGCAUGCUUUGAAAUGAAGGUUUCCAUAAAAGUAGCAUCCUCUCCUGAAACCACUAGUAGUUUUGCUGCUUGCUCUCCAUCCCACUCUGAGGAGGAGCUACUUGGCCCACAACAUGGUCUACCUCAUUUCAUCUGACAUACAUUGGGAAGUACAGUAUGCCCUACUUUUCUUCAUAAACCCAUGCCACUGCUCAGGGCCUUUUUGUGACUAUUUCAUCAGUACAAAGUACCGGCCCUUCUUUUUUGGUUGCCCGUGACAACCAUUUUGUGCUGACACCCAUGGCACUUUUACCAAGGUAUGAGUAAUGGCAUCUCUCUCUCUCUCUCUCUCUCUCUCUCUCUCUCUCUCUCUCUCUCUCUAU